AUGCGUCGUGUCGUCGUGACGGGUUUAGGUGCAGUCACGCCGCUAGGUGUUGGUGUUCGGCGGACUUGGAGUCGCUUGUUGGAGGGUCAUUGCGGUAUAGUCAAUGUGAAUUCUCGUGAUGCCAGAUUUAAGGAACAACCUUGUCAGAUUGCGGCUGUUGUGCCGAACGGCAGCAGGGACGAAGGUGGAUGGAUGGCCGGGGAGUGGUUGGGUCGAGGUGAGGAGCGCAAAAUGGCUUUGUUUGCGCAGUAUGCUAUGGCUGCUACUGAAGAGGCUCUGAAUGACGCUGGGUGGAAACCUGAGCCUUUUGAGCAGAGGGAAGCUACAGGCGUAUGUCUGGGAUUGGGGAUUGGCAACUUUGAUGAGAUCUAUAACACUGUCGUCGCUUAUGAGAAAGGCGGCUACAAAAAAGUGAACCCGCUGUUUGUACCAAAAUUACUUAUCAACCUGGGCGCUGGACACAUCUCAAUGAAGUAUGGAUUCAUGGGACCAAAUCACGCAGCAACAACUGCUUGUACAACCGGCGCCCAUUCCAUUGGCGAUGCUGCUCGCUUCAUUGCAUGUGGCGAUGCUGAUGUGAUGGUCGCCGGCGGUGCUGAGUCUUGUAUCCACCCAUUAGCCAUUGGUGGCUUCGCUCGAGCCCGUAGUCUCGCCACAGAUUUCAACGAUAACCCAGAAAAGGCUUCUCGGCCGUUCGACGCUGACCGGCGCGGUUUCGUCGUCGGUGAGGGUGCAGCCGUAAUGAUACUUGAGGAAUUGGAGCACGCUCGUGCAAGAGGGGCCAAUAUCUACGCCGAGCUCAAAGGAUACGCCUGUUCCAGCGACGCACACCACAUGACAGCCCCCAAAGAAAACGGCGAGGGCGCCUACAUGGCAAUGAAAAAGGCACUGAAACAAGCCCAGCUGCCCCCGUCAGCCGUCGACUAUGUCAACGCUCAUGCAACCUCCACAAUUGUGGGCGAUUCUGCUGAAAAUACAGCUAUCAAGUCCCUUCUCCUGGGACCCAAUGGUAAGCGAAAGGCAGCAGAGGUCAAUGUGAGCAGCACCAAAGGUGCUAUCGGACAUCUUCUCGGCGGCGCGGGCGCCGUUGAGGCCGUUUUUAGUGUCCUCGCUAUCCAAGACGGCGUUAUGCCGCCCACCAUUAAUCUGGAUCGUUUGGCGGAUGGUUUCGAUUGUAAUUAUGCGCCUCAUCAUGCGCAACAGCGGAAGAUCGAUGUUGCAUUGACGAAUAGCUUCGGAUUCGGAGGGACCAACAGCUCGCUUUGCUUUGCGAAGCUUGAAAAGUAG